AUGGUGGUGUCUGGGAGGAGGCUAAUUAGAUCUACACGCAAGGUUCUGGGUGCCCUGGUUAAAGAACAAAGUCUCGAUGAUGAGAGUCUUCAGACCUUGUUGUGUGAAUGUGAGAGCAUUAUCAAUGGAAGACCUCUGACCACAGUUUCUGACGAUCCAAAGGAUUUAGAACCACUAUCACCGAACCAUCUUCUCCUGCUUCGCAGCGAGACACCUCUUCCUCCAGGCUUGUUUUUAAAGAGCGACACAUACUCCAGGAGAAGAUGGCGGCAAGUACAAUAUUUGGCUGAUGUUUUCUGGGGUCGCUGGAAGAGAGAUAUCUCCCUCUGCGGUCACGUCAGAAAUGGUUUCGACCAAAGAAAAACUUUGCCGUGGGGGACACUGUUAUCGUGGUUGACGAAACUUUGCCAAGGAAUGCGUGGGCAAUUGGUCGGAUUACAGAGGUUUUUCCUGACAAAUAUGGAUUUGUCCGCCGUGUCAAGGUUAAAACCAAGACAUCAACUUUGGAGCGCCCUAUCAAAUAUCCAAACUGAGCAGGAAUUGUCCCCGGGCCCACCGACGUGCUGGCACACAUUGGCUAUGUUCCUCGAACAGUCAUUCACAACCUUUUCCUGGUCUUGUUUGAAACCACCAGGACUCGAUUUGAAAGAAGUAUCCGUCGUUAGCCCUCUGGUUGAAGAAGCUGUUGUGCAGUUUACGUUGGAAAAUCCUAAUUAUUUGUUGGAUGUAGUGGAUACCAUAAAAGGCCUAUCUGCAGGGAGACCUGGCAACUUAGUUGGCAAAUAUUGGGAGAAGCUGAUAUUUAGCAAUCUCAAGGAAUGUGUGAAAAAUGAGUAUUCCUUCAAGGAAGAGGCAUGUGGUUCCACUGCUGCUAGCUCCUACUUAAAUUUGUGUGGACAUCAAAGCAAAACAGAUACGAGAAAAUCGAUAGAACAGAUAACUAGAGAUAAAUAUAGUGCAAUGAUUGUCCAUUGUCCUAAUACCAGCGCCUUUGACUUUGUCAUCUUUGAUAAAUGCGACAAAAUUCAUGCCAUUCAGGUAACCGUUCAAACCGCUGCGAAGAAAUGUAACGACAGUGACUUUUUCAAGACUGAAAAUAUUCACUUUAAGUAUUUACUAGCGCCUUAUGAGGUCGACGUCAACGCUAUUAAAUUGAAAUCAAAGUUAUAUGAUGCGUAUAUGGCGUAUGGUUUGCGAAUUGUAAAUGGAGCUAGUUUCCUAACUCAGAAAGAAUCGAGUACUUUUCAAUUUGGCGUCGAAGCCACUUAAAGAUCCGUCUUGGCGUGGAUUAAUAAAACGGGUAUUUCGUCUUCAACAUGUUUUUAUUGCCCAUGU